AGGCCGUGAAGGACGAGGAGAUAGACCAAUCGCUGUACAGCAGGCGUUUCCAGCAGCCCUCCUGUGGCUCAAGUGAGGGCGGAAGAUGGCGGCGGCCGGGACGGGUCCGGGAGAACCGGACGGGGGGUCCGAGGGGUCAAAUCGCGACCGGAGCGCCUUUGAGUGCAAUAUCUGUUUGGAGCCUGCAAGAGAAGCAGUCAUUGGCCUCUGCGGCCACUUAUAUUGCUGGCCUUGCCUCCACCAGUGGCUAGAAACACGGCCUGAGCGCCAGGAGUGUCCCGUCUGCAAGGCAGGAAUCAGCCGUGACAAAGUCAUCCCUCUCUAUGGUCGUGGUAGCUCUGCCCAGCAGGACCCCAGGUUGAAGACUCCUCCCCGGCCACGGGGGCAGCGCCCGGAGCCCGAGUCUCGAGGGGGCAUGGGCGGCUUCCCCGAUGCAGCCACUGGCUUCCAUAUGGCAUUUGGCAUUGGCGCAUUCCCCUUUGGGUUUUUUGCUACCGGUUACAGUGCCCCGGGAGAAAGAGCAGAAGCAGACGCUGUCAGAGCAUCCAGCUGGCAAGAUUCUCUGUUUCUCUUCAUUGCCAUCUUCUUUUUCUUCUGGCUGCUGAGCAUCUGAUUGGACACUUGCCGGACUUGCCCUAUACUUAAAAGACUUCAGAACUGGAUAGGAGGGCUUGGACAUUGGUUGGGGAGGGCGAGGGUGGAAUUGUUUCCAGGCUGCACAGACUGGGCAGGAGGGCUCAAAACUAUGGGGUGAAGGUGCGACUUGGGGGUGAUGCUUCUCUGUUAACCAUUCCCUCUCCCUCCCCACGUGCGUCUUACAAAAGAAUUAAAGGAUGUAAUAGGACUAAUUUGACGAUUGUGCUGAAGGGGAGGGAGGGGGGAAGUUCUGCAACUUAGUUGGGUUGGGGCUCUCAGAAUUAUCAUACAGAACUGAUUUUUCUAAGGGGCUAAAUCAAAGAGGUUUGGAAGUGGCUGAUGGCUGGUGGUUGUCUGCCUGAGAGCCGACUCUGACUCUCGGCAGGCUGCUUUUUGACUCACCAAAUACUGCGCUGCUCAUCCGCUGCUUUUUGCACAUCUGCAAGGGUGGUGUGGGCAUGUGCCAUCUUGGUUGAUUGGCACUACAGGUGAUUCAGAAUUGAGAGAGAGCGUGUAGGCUGAUGUGCAGUUUUUCUUAAUCUCUGCAUUCCUUGGUUGACUUUUUUCCCUCCACCUUCGUUCAUGGCUUAUAAUCCUGUCCUUCACUAGAGUCGGCGCUGUGCAGAAAUUGAGAGUGCCUUGGCUCUGUCUGCAAGCUUUUACAACCUAGUGAAACAUGAGGGAUAGGAGCUUGGAAAAGAAGGAGUGUGUGGAGAAUGUCCCCUUACUUGCCUUCAAAGAUGGGACAUAAAAGCAUUAUGUCCCAAAAUGCAUGCAGAAAAGAAACGAUGCAAAAGCAGACACUCAGUGGAGGGGAGCAGUUAUUGGAGGUGCCCCCAAUGUUAGCAUCUCUUGAUCCCACCACUAGACUGGAAAUUGGUUUGGCAUGCCUUGAUAUCGGGGGGCCACACACACACCGGCCCCAAUGUGGCAAGAGAGAAGUCCCUUCAUGGCUUGUUCUGUGGAGUAUGAGAAUUAGUCUGUUUUUGCCAAGACGCUAGCUAGUUGAGCUAAAGCAAUAAUCGCAGGGCGAUUGGCUGUAUUUUGCUUAUGGGAGGAGGGGGGAUCAUGGUCAGGAAGGAACAUCACUGAUUUAGGGGGGUCGUGGCAGGUUGAAGGACAUCCUUAGCUUGAAUAACAGUAUUUCAUGGUCCAGAAAUCUCUGUGAAAAUGCAAAAUUUUUUUGACUGACCAAGCAGAGACUUGGUGUAAAUUUAACCAAUACUGUAAUUAAAUUAACCCACAAUUCUUA